AUGUCGUUACUUGGAUUACUUGUCGGAAUUUUAUCAAUACUUUUCCCAUAUACUUAUGUAUAUUUUCCAUCUCUUGAUCGUGUUAGUGCAGUAUCUCUUGAUCCAAGAACAUCUUUUUUACAUGCAAAAGCUAUAGCAAUUCAAUCACUUUCAUGGAUUGUUGAUUCAAUGACUUAUGGGUUAUUUAUAUUUUCAUUAAUAUUAUCUCCUAUUUUAAGAUCUCAAUUAUUAUUUCUUAAUUUAAAACAAAAUAAUAAAACAAUCAAGAUAAAAACAUCAAACAUGACUCAACGUUAUUAA